CAUAACAAAACAAUUCAUUACAAUUUAAAUCGUUCAACUUUUUAUUUCGACAAAAUCAAAUAAAUCAGGCACCAUAAUUCAAAUCGGCAUUAGGUCGGGUUUACAAAAGCUCAAGAUGAUAACUAAACAAUCCAAAUCGGCGGGUUUGGUUGGAUUGAUGCCCGUUGCUGGUAGUAACGGAUGCCACCUUUCCUUCUAAAUGGCAUUCGUCUGAAGGUUUGAACAUCUAAUGGCGUAUCCCUUCCUCCAUAAGACCUGGGUCCUAGGACUGACCAGUUGACCAGUUGAUGAUUUGCCGAAACGAGGUAUAGCAGUAAAUGCCUGCCAACUGUUUGAUGAUUUGCUCCUUAAAGAACUCUCUUGCUUAAAUCGAGAUACAAUACUAGACCCAAGUUACUCUCUUACUAUGAUGUUCUUAAGGAGAGGAAUCAAAUUUGCUUCAGCACUAUCUCCGCAUUUCCUUUCAAGGGCUGCUCCCAACUUUUGCUGCAAGCCAACCACCACCACCAUUAUUCCCGUACCUGAUCAUUGGAGAAAGGCUUCCAAUUACUUUAGUAGCUUUCAUCUCUCUCCGUUGUUACCCUCGGAUGAUUCUAAACCUCAUUCAGACAGUUAUGGUGUUCAGCUUGUUGAUGAUGAUGCGUGGCAGGUUUCGUCCGGGUUGGCAUUGGCAGGGGGAGGAAUGCAGGGGUCUGCAUUGGACUCAAAUGCGUUAUCGGAUGAAGUGGUUGAUGAGCCAAUUGACAGUUGCAGAGCAGCUGUUGAAGGUGAUCCGGAUUUUGAUGACAUUGACAACAUGAGAAUUCGCGGCAGUCUCUUCUUUAAGCUUGACCGAGAUUCCAAGGAGUUUGAAGAGUACAAUUUCGACUUCCAUCGUAGGAAGAAGUCUUCUAAGCAAAAGGAUGACCCAAAGGAAAGUCAAAGGAAGGGAAAUGAGUUAAAUGAUAGCAAAAGAGACAACCCAAGUUGUGAAUUGCUCUCCAGAAGCAAGAAGCAAACUAGAACUGUGGACGAUUCUCCACUUGAUGAAUUGGACACUCCUGUUGGGAAGAAGAAGCUGAGGACUCUGACUUAUAAUCAGCUGACGGGUCCUUUCCAUGAGCCGUUUUGCCUGGACAUUUUUAUAUCAAAGGCUUCUGUUCGUGCGUGCAUCAUUCAUCGAGUCACCAGUAAGGUUGUCGUUGUGGCACAUUCCAUAUCAAAGGACAUGAAAUUUGACCUUGGUUCGACUAGGAAUGCAGCUGCUUGUGCUGCUGUGGGGGAAAUUCUCGCGCAGAGGGCAUUAGAUGAUGAUAUCCAUGAUGUGAUUUACACACCAAGGAAAGGGGAGAGAUUGGAGGGUAAGCUUCAAAUUGUGCUUCAGUCUAUCAUUGACAGUGGGAUUCAUGUGAAGGUGAAAUUAAAGCAAAUAAACAGGAAGAAACCUAGUUCCUCGUAUGCAGCUUAGGAGCAGGUGGUUUCUUUUCUGAUCAAGCCCUCCUAGUUGCAAUCAGCGCCUUGAUCAUAAUUUUUUGCUUGAAAUUACCAUGUUCUGAUAGCUAUCCUGGUGGUGAAUUUGAUUCAUGGUAUGAGUCAAAGAAGCUGGCUGAGACAAUUUCAACAACGAAAACUCUCAGCUUG